GUCUCGAGCAAAACGAGAACUCAAAAACAGAAAGUAAUAUUUUGAAAAUGGAUUCUAUCAUUGGUUUACUCCCUGAUUCCAUUAGGAAAAUUCCAGUUCACAUGGAUUAUGAAGGCCAGAAAAAAGCAGAGAGAACAUUCCAAGUCAUCAUAGUAUUAUUUGCUAUUGUAGGAUUUCUAUGGGGAUAUGCUUGCCAACAGUUUUCUCAGACAGUCUAUAUACUGGGAGCAGGAUUUGCUUUAAGUUGCAUAAUAACAUUACCCCCCUGGCCAAUGUACAGAAGCAACCCAAUACAGUGGCAGAAACCUAGACCAAAAAUUGAUGACACUGCAAAAAAUACGAGCUCGCCGCAACAGGCUGUAAAACCAAAGAAGAAGAAAUGAUCUGUAAAUGAUAUAUGAGCUCCACCUAUAUUUGACUUUUGAUAUAGUGCAAAGUUACUAUAAGUGUAUAGCCUAAAUGUGUAGAAUAAUAUUUAGAAAAUGUCAUAUACCUGGCUGGCCUAUUUGUAGUCUUCAAAACUUUAGUCAAAACACUGAUAUGUGAUCUUAGAUCACCCAGGGAAAUAAAAAAAAAUGUUGCAAUAUAUAUUUUUUCAUUUCACAAUGAAUAUUUGAAUGAAUAUUUAUGGAAUUAUGUACCAUACACAUUACAGUAUCUCUAAAUCCUAGGUAUUUCUAUGGAUCACGGUUUAUGUUUGUUAAAUGUUGUCAUGUAAAUUACAAAAAUUUCACUAAAUGCAUAAACUAUUGAACAUUCAAUGUUAAGUUCAGAUGUUUAUAAAAAAUUAAAAUGAAAUAUAUUCAAAAUUUCAAAUUAUCCACAUUAA